GCUUCCGGGGCCGGGCAGGGCAGGGCGAGGCCCGGACCAGGACCAGGACCAGGAUCAGGACCAGGAUCAGGACCGGCCGGUGACCGACGGACACAGCGCUUCGCACACGCGAUGGCCAAGGACGCCCUGGGGGACGCGGGGCUGCACUUCGACGAGCUGAACAAGCUGCGGGUCCUGGACCCCGAAGUGACCCAGCAAACUGUGGAGCUCAAGGAGGAGUGCAAGGACUUUGUGGACAAAAUCGGCCAGUUUCAGAAAAUAGUCGGCGGUUUAAUCGAACUUGUCGACCAACUGGCAAGAGACGCCGAGAGCGAGAAGAUGAAGGCCAUCGGUGCCCGAAAUCUGCUCAAAUCUAUAGCGAAGCAGCGAGAGGCUCAACAGCAGCAGCUUCAGGCUCUAAUAGCGGAGAAGAAAAUGCAGUUGGAAAGGUACCGGGUGGAAUACGAAGCCUUGUGUAAAGUAGAAGCGGAACAGAACGAGUUCAUCGACCAGUUUAUUUUCCAGAAAUAAACCAAGAGUGACUUUCAUUGCCCCCUACCUGGCAGAAACCAAGCUUGUAUUGUUCCAGUUGCGCUCCUGGUUUUCCGGAGCGGCGGCGGCGGCGGCGUGGGACCGGGAACCCGGACGCGGCGUCUCCGAAGGCAAUAAUCUUUCAGAAGUAGUUCGGAACCCCACGGGAACCUCUGUCGGUGGCCGGGGCUGGCCAGGGGAGCUCGGGCACGAUUUACUGGGUGAUUUUCUUCUUUUUUCCUUUUUUACAGCUCCCCCCCCCCUUUGUAUACUCUAUCAGCCUCUGCCCUGCCUCGGCACGGGCGGGCUGGAAACGACGACUCCCUUUUUUCAAUUGUAAAAUGCUUUGAGAGAAAUCAGGCAAUAAAUUAUUCUUUUUAGAAA